GGUACGUUCCAUUCGCAACAAGCCAUUGAAUACGGAACCAAUUUAGUUGGAGGUGUUUCACCCAAGAAAGGAGGUACAACUCACUUAGGGUUGCCUGUGUUUAACACCGUAGCUGAAGCAGCUCGCGAAUUAAAACCAGAUGCAUCUGUAAUUUAUGUUCCUCCUCCUUUUGCUGCCUCCGCUAUUAUAGAAGCCAUCCAAGCUGAAAUUCCAUUAGUAGUUACUAUUACGGAAGGGCCGAAUUGUCCCGGUAUAAUUGCGCCAGGUGCUUGUAAAAUUGGAAUUAUGCCUGGUCAUAUACACCAAAUAGGCAAAGUUGGCAUAGUGUCUCGAUCCGGAACUCUGACUUAUGAGGCAGUUGGCCAAACAACUCAAGUAAACCUUGGACAGUCGUUAUGCGUUGGUAUUGGUGGAGAUCCGUUUAAUGGCACUAAUUUUAUAGAUUGUUUGAAAUUGUUUUUGGAUGACGAAAACACGAAAGCUGAAGAGGAGGCGGCAGAAUUUCUCAAGGAACAUAAUUUAACACGAAGUCAGCCAAAACCGGUAGUGUCCUUUAUUGCUGGUCUAACUGCACCACCUGGUCGUCGUAUGGGUCACGCAGGUGCUAUUAUAGCCGGUGGAAAGGGUACCGCAGGCGACAAAAUUAAAGCUUUAGAGAACGCAGGUGUAGUUGUGUCUAGGAGUCCAGCAAAAUUAGGUAUUACUUUGAGAGAA